AUUGUAUCUUUCGAUCUCUUUUUACUUACAUUGAAUGAACAGAGAGAAAAAAAAUUGAAAUAAAGUGAGGGCGUCAUUCUUUCAGUUACAAUUUUCAUCUCACUAAAGAAUAACGUAUGUUAAUUUGUGUCUUCCAACUGCGUACAUUAAUUUUAUUGAAAAAAUAUAUAUAUUAUAUCUUGUCUUGCGCAUCCUCAGUUGUAAAAAUUUUGGUGUUUCUACAUCAGCUGCUCUCAUCAUGUUUCUUGAAUUUACUGACAGUGGUGAAAUCGAAAAAAAUAAAUAAACCAUAUACGUAAAAUAUAAUUUGGAUCAAUUUUCAGUUUUAUGUCGAAAAAUAUAAAGCACAGUGUUAAGAAGAAUGGCUAUAGAAUUUAAAGAUGUUAGUGAACCAGCAGCAUCGCAAACAACACCAAUUGCAGAAUUGCCAAUUUAUCAAACAACUGUAACGGGAGAAAAUGCAUCUUCCAUAAAUACAACAAAUCAUCCAUUAGAAUUGACAGUUGUUGAUUCUGUUGGAAGACGAGAAAGAAAUGAAAAUGACAGCCUAAAAUAUACAAUACAUAUGUCGCAAGUGAAUAGUGGAGUGAUAAUUGUAAAAAUUGCAGAAAUGGUGUUCAACGUUAUUAGUUUUAUCACAGUGAGAGAAUCGCCUUUUGCCAAUACAACAGCUGGAAUAUGUUUUAGUUUGGUUUCGUCCCUUGGACUUACAAUUACCGGUUGCUUGUUAGCAUUAUAUGCAUGUGGUGCUUUCAAAAAACCUUGUAUUACAGUUCUUCCAUUUGAAUAUGUGUUCUGUAUAUUGUGGGCUUGUGCGUUUUUAGCGGCGUCUAGUUUUUUAGCCAAUAGUAAUGGAAUUUUUAAAAGUGAUUCCAACAAAGCACCAAUUUACGGGUUCGCUUCAAUGAUACUUUAUAGCAUUGAGGCGUGUUUAAAUUGUAGAGUAAUGGUUCAACGACACAAGGAAUUACAAGUGGAACGUGAAAAUAGUAAAAUUUGUGAUUAUUUUAGAGGAUGGAAUCAACCAGCAAGUGAAGCAUACAAUGGUACAGAUUCGUCUAAUGGCAACAAUAAUGAUCCAAAUGAUCAUUGGACACGUUCUUAUGACUUGAACGCCAUAAGCGAUGGUUGUAUCAUUAUUUUUUAAAUACAAUUUUUUUUGUCAAUAAGCAAAUUUUACUUUUUUUCAAAAAAAAAAGGAAUUUUGGAAAAAAACAAAAAAAAUCAAUUGGGUUUAAAUUACACUGUUAUAAUAAGCUAAAGGUAAUGAGAGAGUUUUCUGUAUAUGGAAAAUUAAUGUGACUAUGUAUUAUAGAACAUAAUAAUUAACAUCAUAAUUUAAUAAUCACCCAAAUUUAAAAAUUCCAAGACUCGAAUAAUAAUAAUAAUUUUUCUAAUCGUCUUUGAAAGAAUGACAGGGAUUAAAAUACUUAUAAUAGAAGAAAGACCUAUUUUCCGAUUAUAAAUUAAUCAAUUGAAAAUGUAGAGAAAAAAAUGAAUGUUUAUUCCAGCAUUGUUAUUGU